AUGGAGCGCUUUGUCCGUGUUCCCUAUGUUUGGUACCAGGAUUGCAGAAAUACACUGCCCAUAGGCCAGUCUCAACUUGCAGGGCAUAAUCAGCCCAACUGGAGGCAAAACAUGGGUCCUCCCACUUUUCUGGCCAGGACAGGGCUGCUGGUGCCAGCAAAUGCCUCUGAAUACUGGAUGAACCCUUAUCGGAGGGCCCACUUUGAGCCCAUUCUCACCCAGAUGAACUCCAAUCUGUGCCAACGGCUGUGCAAGGCCAACACCAAAGAGGUGGGCAUACAGGUGAGCCUGCGGGUGGACAAGUCCAUGCAGUGCUCACUGGGACCUCAAACUCUGCACAGCUGCUACCCAUGGGACAAUGCUGGCCACAAGAAACCCAUAACAGAAUGGGGAGUCUAUUCACCAGUGAUGGGCCAUAGGGGCUUUGCCUGCUUAAAGAAGGAUGGGAAAGAUAGUAAAAGCAAGGUGUUUUCAGGCCCAGUGAAGGCCAGCCAGCAGCCACCACCAAUGCAAAGGUCAGAAGACGAAAGGCAGGAGGACCUCCCUCAGUCUCAGGAGUUGGUGGAGGAGGAUGCCAAGCAUCUUGGUGAAAGGAAAAGCAAGCGGGGACAAGGAGAUCCAGUAGGCUGUUCACUUCCGAAGCCCAACUUCCAGUCUUUGGAACCAAAAUAUGGCUAUUUUCACUGUAAAGAUUGUAACACCAGGUGGGAGAGUGCGUAUGUGUGGUGCAUUUCUGGAACUAAUAAGGUUUAUUUCAAACAACUCUGUUCCAAAUGCCAAAAGAGUUUUAACCCCUAUCGAGUAGAAGCAAUCCAAUGUCAGACCUGUUCAAAGUCUCAAUGUUCCUGUCCUGAAAAGAAAAGACAUAAUGAUAGAAGGAGGCCUCAUCGACAAGAACUGUGUGGUCGCUGCAAAGACAAGAAAUUCUCCUGUGGCAAUCUUUAUAAUUCUAAGUACAUCAUAUGA